GGAGGGGAGGAGAAGCGGAGGGAGGUGCAGCAGGAAGACAGGGCAGGAGAGAAAAACGCCCUUUAAAGAGCAGAAAACUAACAGUUUGUGCAUCACAUUCUGGAGGAAAACCCCAGACACACACACGUCCGCACGCACUCACACACACGUGUUCAAAUUUGGACUAUGGCUUCCACCACCUCUGGUGAUGUUCUGCCCACCGGUGCCAGAAUCUUCAUCAGCGUUCCUGACCUCUUCUUCAUCCCUGAGUGGGUCAUUGGGGGUUUGGUGUGGAUCCUGGUGGCCUCGACCCGAGUCGUCCCAGACAAUCCUCUGGGCUGGGUCAUGUUCGUGUCCAUCUUCUGCUUCGUCGGGACAACUCUGUGGCUUCUCAUCUUUGCAUGUGGAGGCAAUCAGAGCAGCUUUUGGCCCGGCCUGGAUGCUGGUUUUCAUUUUGUGGCAGCGGUUUUCUACCUCAGUGCGUCGGUGGUGUUAGCCUACAUCACCAUUGUGUAUAAGACUGCUUCAAUAGUUGACAUAACCCUACUGAAAACCUACCGACUUGACAUUUCUGCAGUGGUGAUGUCCCAUGUGGCUACUCUCCUCUACUUCCUCCAUGCCAUUUUCUCUGCCAUCCGAUGGAAGAGAGCCUGAAGCACAACCUGAACCCCUCCAGACGUCAAACACAAGGACAGACGCAGAAUAAUAAUGACAUAUGUGGCGCAUUUUUGUGUUUCCUGUUUCGUUAGAACAAAUGGC